AUCUUCACUUUCAUUGUCCUCGCUGCGGUUGGGAGAGGUGAUCUGGGUCGCCUGGUCUGCUGUGCAACAACAACAUCAGUGAAUUUGACAAGAGCUAAUUCUUUUUUACGUAUAAAUUAAGUUAAACAAAUUAAGAGAAAAUGCGUGAAAUCGUUCACUUGCAGGCGGGCCAGUGCGGCAACCAGAUCGGCUCCAAGUUCUGGGAGGUGAUCAGCGAUGAGCACGGAAUCGACCCCACGGGCACCUACAGGGGCGACAGCGACCUGCAACUGGAGAGAAUCAACGUCUACUACAAUGAGGCGCAGGGUGGGAAGUACGUUCCCAGGGCCAUCCUCGUGGAUCUGGAGCCCGGCACGAUGGACUCGGUGAGGUCCGGACCAUUCGGGCAAAUGUUCCGCCCAGACAACUUUGUCUUCGGCCAGAGCGGUGCGGGUAACAACUGGGCCAAGGGCCACUACACGGAGGGAGCCGAGCUGGUGGACUCAGUGCUGGACGUGGUGCGCAAGGAGGCGGAGAGCUGCGACUGCCUGCAGGGCUUCCAGCUAACGCACUCGCUGGGCGGCGGCACCGGCUCGGGCAUGGGCACCCUGCUCAUCAGCAAGAUCCGCGAGGAGUACCCCGACCGCAUCAUGAACACCUUCAGCGUGGUGCCCUCCCCCAAGGUAUCUGACACGGUGGUGGAGCCGUACAACGCGACGCUGUCGGUCCACCAGCUGGUGGAGAACACGGACGAGACGUACUGCAUCGACAACGAGGCGCUCUACGACAUCUGCUUCCGCACCCUCAAGCUCACGACGCCCACCUACGGCGACCUCAACCACCUGGUGUCGGCCACCAUGAGCGGCGUCACCACCUGCCUGCGCUUCCCGGGCCAGCUCAACGCCGACCUGCGCAAGCUCGCCGUCAACAUGGUGCCCUUCCCGCGCCUGCACUUCUUCAUGCCGGGCUUCGCGCCGCUCACCAGCCGCGGCUCGCAGCAGUACCGCGCGCUCACCGUGCCCGAGCUCACCCAGCAGAUGUUCGACGCCAAGAACAUGAUGGCGGCGUGCGACCCGCGGCACGGCCGCUACCUGACGGUGGCCGCCAUCUUCCGCGGCCGCAUGUCCAUGAAGGAGGUUGACGAGCAGAUGCUGAACAUUCAGAACAAGAACAGCAGCUACUUCGUCGAGUGGAUCCCCAACAACGUGAAGACGGCCGUGUGCGACAUCCCGCCCCGCGGCCUCAAGAUGUCGGCCACCUUCAUCGGCAACAGCACGGCCAUCCAGGAGCUGUUCAAGCGAAUCUCCGAGCAGUUCACAGCCAUGUUCCGCCGCAAGGCUUUCCUCCACUGGUACACGGGCGAGGGCAUGGACGAGAUGGAGUUCACCGAGGCGGAGAGCAACAUGAACGACCUGGUCUCCGAGUACCAGCAGUACCAGGACGCCACGGCUGAGGAGGAGGGAGAGUUUGAGGAGGAGGGUGAGGAGGAAGCCGCCUAGAUGGUGGUGGUGGUGGUGGUGCCCGGGGGGGGAGGGGGCAGCGAUGAUAACGAUGGGGGGGGGGCGGGUAAGAAACGACAAGUAAAACCAACGUCACGGUAACACGAGAGGGGGAGAGGUGAGGAGAGAUGAUGGGGAAAUAAACUUACUGUGAACCGCGGUGGGGAGGAGCAGGGGGGGGGAGAUGAGGGAGAAUAGGAACCGGUGACCAUGGGGGAGACAUCCCGGCUCUAGUAGCUACAUCGCGCGCACAGAUUUGUUGUUGAUCAUUGAUACAUUAUGGGGGGAGCAGCCUCUUCCGUGGACAUAUCCUAAUGAAGUGGACUUCUUGACCUAUAACCUCUUAAGUUUUUCACGAGCAACGCUGGUUCGGCCCCGCGCACGCGCGCCGUCAGUUUUGUAGCUAUGGCAAAGACCACCGUUUCCCUGGCGGGAGUCAUCCCGUUAUGAAUUUGAGAAAUCUGCGGUCCCAGAGGGAGAGGUGUGGGUUGGGGGUGGUGGUAGUGGCGGCGAGUUGCAGUUAAACGGUUGAGCGUGAGUAGAUGGGGUGGGGGGGUGGUGGACUUGCACAGGUGUGAAGUCUGGCUGGCUACCCCCCCCUCCCCGCCCCACGGGUUAUUCGUUUGUUUUGGAAGGUAAACGUUAAUGUCACCUGCCCGAUGGCGCUUAGAGAUGCCCUCCACACAGCGACCUGCAUGCGUCGUCUUGCACCUGUGCAUCGUUUGGCUGCCUGUGCCUGCACAAGUCGAUUUAAGUAUUAAAACCACAUCCCCCACCCACGACCCCCCAACUGUUGUCAAUGGGAAUGGCAGUCAGGAGUUUUGAGCGAGUACCCACAAGUCUUUGGGCAGUCUCCAGCAGGAUGCGUACACAGAGUAGGGUGUGUUUAAGGCAGGAUUGCGCAUGCCUGCUGCUCAAAUCACGUUCACAGAUUUGUGCUCUUUGCGAAAGUUGUACAUUUUAUUUUAGCGCUCCCCCCCACAUUGUGUGCCCCCCUCCUCCCACGUUGACUUGUUGGGGUGGAGGGUGGCUCUUGCUAAAGUCGUGUGCUGGGGGCUGAUGAGCAUGCUCCUUCACCCCCCCCCCCCCUCUAGCCACUUUACCCCGUCAACUUCAUGUUAUUGCUCUCCUGUGACGACGCCGAUGUCUUAAAAUGUUUGUUUUCUUGUCCUCGCAAAACUUGGUCCGGACAAACAUCCACUUUGUACAAAGUCCUUAAUUAUUUCAUGCUCCUGAAGGAAUCCGGCUUUUCGGGGAUUCUCAUCCCGAGACCGGGUUUCGGAAUCUUGUUUACCGGUUUUAAGUUGAUGGCAUUGCCCCUCGCAAUAGCCUCUUCAUAGCAACUUGCAAAUGAAUAUCGUGCUGUUAAAAGAUGUUGGCUGCUGUAAGAAAAGUCGUUUUGUGUCUUGGAACUUUGCCCCUCCCCACUCUUGUCUGCUGGAGCCAUUUCCCUGGAACGGUGCCCAAUUCUCACCCACAUCCCCCACCACCAACACCACCCCUCUCCACACGUGUGUGGUUGUUGCUAACACAGUUGCUGUAAGGGAAGUUGGACACUCGCACAAAGUGAAACAAGUGAAACGCCGCUUUUUGACCCAAGUACAAUUAUGCGUCUUGGGGAAAGUGGCAUCAAUAAAAAAGGCAUUGAAAGAUGA